UCUUCUUCUUCUUCCUUCGCUGCCGGAGCCAGCGCCUGGAUAGAUAGCUUGCUGCCGGAAAUUGGGCUGGGUUAAACUAUGUGCCCGACCCAUAACCCGACCCGAGUUAGUUUGUUAAGCGCGCUGAAACGGCGUCGUUUGUGUAUGAACAUACAAAAACCUAAACCCUCCAUUUCUACACGUUCUCCGUUCCAGGCCAAGAAGCCGCAACCCGCCGUCCGUCGACAUUCCCCUCCUAACUCCGAGUCCGGCUUCAGCUCCUUCUCUUCCCAUUUCGGUAGCCUCCGCUGCUUCGUUGGAGGGCCUUCUUCCAGCUCUUCCUGCCAUCGUUCGUUGGUCACCGACGCGGCUACAGGCUGCGAUCGUAAAAAGAAGGUGAAAGAUGAUGAACAAGAAGGAGAUUCUGAAGCUAGCCAAAGGGUUUAGGGGGAGAGCAAAGAACUGCAUCAGGAUAGCAAGAGAGAGGGUGGAAAAGGCUUUACAGUAUUCUUACAGGGAUCGUCGAACAAAGAAACGUGACAUGCGCUCCCUAUGGAUCCAACGGGUCAGCGCUGGCACCCGGCAGCACAAUGUUCAUUAUGGUCACUUCAUGCACGGGCUUAAGAAGGAGAACAUCCAGCUGAACCGGAAAGUUCUGUCGGAGAUAUCGAUGCACGAGCCCUUCAGCUUCAAAGCUCUGGUAGACAUUUCUCGCGAGGCUUUUCCAGGAAACAGACACAUAUAUCAUCGUCCCAGGAAGGUUGAUAUGUCGUCGAUGGAUGCAUAACGGGGUCGACUUCCUAGAUAAAGUCUUGGUCGUGGGAGAUUUAUAUUAGAUAAAUCUGAACUAGAUGUUUCUCCUGUUGGUUUCCUCCAUUAGGUAGGUGUCUUGAGUCAGGGAAGUUGUAUUCAAUUAUGCAGCUGUGUAUGAUCUGGAAUUCUGGAUCCUUAUUUUUUUUUGCCAACGACAAAAGGCAAAUUGCAGAAAAAAUAUUGCAUGAUCAGUAGGUUUCCAGUUCUUCACUUCGCCCUGCAGCUGGUGUAUGAUUUGGUGAGCCUAAGGUCUAGCCUGGUGGAAUUAUGAUUGGCAGAAAAAGUAAGUCUCUACUGACUAUGUUGUUACUUGUUAGAAAGGUUUGGUGUAUCAGAUAGACCAAACUCCUAAACUGGAUUGAUUUUAGCAUUGUUGAUUAAC